AGCAAUCGUCCGAUCAUAUAUAAAAACGCGAGGGUCUAUCGAGAGAUAUUUGGGAAGUUGACGACAUAAGCGGAUAACGGGUACGCUUCCUUCUCCCUUAAAAAGGAUUUUAACCUUUCCGAGCACUCAUCGUGAACUAGGGUUUCUUCGCAAUGGAUUCUGCUACUUCUCUCGUCGUCAAGGUUAGCUAUGGAGGUGUGCUUAGGCGCUUCAGGGUGUCUGUCAACGCUAAUGGACAGCUUGAUCUUGAUAUGGCUGUUCUUAGGUGGAAGAUCAUUCGUCUGUUUAACUUCCCUGUGGAUGCUGACUUCUCUCUGACUUACUCUGAUGAAGAUGGCGAUGUGGUGGCCCUGGUUGAUAACAAUGACCUCUUUGAUGUCACGAAUCAGCGCCUUAAGUUCUUGAAGAUUAAUGUGCAGUCCAACACUUACUCUGUUGCUCCAGAGGGUACUCGGAGUUCAACAGCUUCGGCCAUGCCUAAUAGCCUGAACCCAGUUUCCCAAAUCCAGAAGGGUAUCAACGAUGAAACCAUAUCCAAGGUGUAUAUUGACCUUGCAUCUAAAGCGGCUUCUUCUAGCCCUGUUGUUGGUGAGCUGUUUGAUUGCAUCUCCAAGCUAGGGACACUCUCUGGUCCUCAGGAAGGUAGUCUUUUAUCACCUGUUGCUAUUCCCGUUCUUUCGGGUCCUUACCCGAGCAGGGAGGUUCCUUCCUUUGGUGAAAAGAAGAGCCAACCCGGGAAAAAACCUGUUGAUCUUAAUGAACCAACUGGCUUUGCUGUUUCAAAGACUUCUGGUCCUGUACCAACCUCCUCUGGAAUUGAUGCUAGUUUCAACGAGUGUCCCUUCAGUGGAAGUACCGUGAAUCGCUCCGGUCCAAAUCCAAGCAACUUCAAAAAGCAUGCCCGGCGUGUAUGUCAUUCCAAAAAGAGCAGCAAUGGUGAUUACUGGACCUCACUGGGUGUCUUCCAUAAGGGCAUCCGCUGUGAUGGAUGUGGAGUUCUUCCAAUUACCGGGUCAAGGUUCAAGUCUAAAGUCAAAGAAGACUAUGAUCUUUGCACCAUCUGCUUUUCGGUGAUGGGUAACGAAGGGGAUUACACAAGGAUGGAUAAGCCAGCCUCAGUUCAACAUUCACAUCCUUUUAGAGGACAACUUACCCCAAUCUCGAACCCGUGGGUGGGCCAUGUGCCACAACCACAACAUGGAGGUUUACACCUCAGGUGCACUCGGCCUAAGCUUGACAGCCGCUUUGUGCUUGAUGUGAAUGUACUUGAUGGGACAGUUUUUGCUCCAUCUGCUCAGUUCACUAAGAUUUGGAAAAUGAGGAACAAUGGUUCGCUGGUGUGGCCGCAUGGUACUCAGAUAGUCUGGAUCGGUGGGGACAGACUCAGCAACUCAUUGUCAGUUGAUUUACAGAUUCCAGCGGAGGGUGCGCCUAUCGACAGUGAGCUGGACGUGAAAGUUGAUUUUGUUGCACCAGAGUUACCUGGUCGAUACAUUUCUUAUUGGAGGAUGGCUUCCUCUAGUGGUGCCAAGUUUGGGCAACGUGUUUGGGUGUUGAUACAUGUUGAUGCAUCCUUGGAAAAUUUCGUUGUGAAUAAGUUUCAUGGACUGAACUUGAAUGCCUCCCCUGAUGAAAACUCUUCAAGCGAAUUUACAGGGAUCAAUCAUAAGCCAACUCAAGCUGGCAGCUCCAGUGUUAACUCUGAGGUAGUGAAAGGUGCUGAUCUAGAAGGAGAAGCAGCUGGAUCAAAAGUCCCAGAAAAGGAUGACCUGCCGGUUGGUGAAGCUGAGCCUGCUACUCUUAGUCCAUCUUCAUCUUCGUCAUCAUUCAACAUGAUCGAGUUCCCAAACAUGCCUGCUGUUGAGGCCUUGGGUGGUGGUUCGUCAUCCACAAAGGACAUCCCUGUUGAUCUUCAAGAGGAUAUUGAGAAGAACGACGUGGAGAUAACCAUGCUCAAGGAGCUGGAGGAAAUGGGUUUCAAAGAGAUUGAUUUGAACAAGGAGAUCUUAAGGGAAAACGAGUAUGACUUGGAGCAGUCUGUUGAUGCUCUUUGUGGAGUUAGCGAGUGGGAUCCUAUCCUAGAGGAGCUUCAGGAAAUGGGCUUCUGUGAUGAUGUGACGAACAAGAAGCUGCUGAAGAAGAACAAUGGAAGCAUUAAAGGCGUAGUGAUGGACCUCCUCACUGGCGAGAAGGAGGCUUAAUGUGUUGCUUUUGAUUCUGGGAACUUCUUAUCUAUCAGGUUAAACUAUGUUUUAGUACUAAUAAACCCUGAUUAUGCUUGUUUGAUGAAUGAUGGAUUUUAUUAUCGAAAUAAACUCUCUUUUUUCCGAAGAGUGAUUACGAGCCAAGACUCACUAACCAUACAACACCAACCUUUAGUCUUAGGUAGGUCUCAACUAAUUUGUAUGUCAAGGUACUACUGAAGGCAAUGAUGUGCUAUAGAAGAAGCAAGAGUUCAGACAGAACAAAAAAAAAAAUCAUCAAAGAGUGUAAGAAUCUCGUCUAAACAAAA